UCCUGGAGCGCCACCUGGGGCCGGGCGGGCAGGUACCCGGCCAGUGACCUCGCCCCGGGUCUCCAGGCGCACUCUCCAGCCGUCGCGCCUCGGGGGAGAUGGUUGUCAACAGCGUCCAACAGGCGGUGUUCUCGAAGGAGGCGCACACUACUCUCCACUGCUUCUGGACACACAGGUGGCCUCGGGAGGUGGCUGCAGGGCUGCAUUCCAGAGUCGACCAAACACACCUGGUCUUGGGAGGAGCGCUGAGGAGGAGGAAACGCGCCUGCUUCUGCCACGCUUGUGCAAGCCAUUUGGACUGAAGUUGAAGUCACGGUUGGAGAUUUACUUAGACCACCCAGUUCUGGGAACGGCUUCAAGCAGAGACGGGUGGGGGGCCCAAGACAGAGGAGGCCAUGAGCCUACUCACGUGGCAUUCCGGGGGAGCAAAGUGAGAUGCAGGAAACCAGAAGUCAUCACUGAAGGCAAGAAGGCAGCGAAACCGAGCUGCGUAGGAAGAGCAGCAGGGAAGCCCGCUGACAGCAGAGGGAGAGAGUGAAAGAGAGAGAGAGAGGAAGCAAACUGCCAGGUCCAGGACUGGAGCCAGCCGACCAUGUGAGGCCAGCGCCCUCAACCGCUACACCACCUGCCGGCCCCAAGGGAAAAAAGCAAGUGAAGAAUGUUUGAUCACGUGUAUCUCAGCGGGUCUUCUUGAAAUUUAACUAAAACUAUGACUGCUCUUGCUUCAGAGAACUGCUCUUUUCGGUACCAGUUACAUCAAAAAACCCAGCCCCUAGAUGUUAACUGUCUGCUGUUCUUGAUUGUACUUGGGAAAAUAUUCCUAAAUAUCCUCACACUAGGACUGAGAAGAAAAAACACCUACCACAGUUUUAUGGAGUAUUUUUGCAUUUCUCUGGCCUUUGUCGACCUUUUACUCCUGGUGAACGUUUCCAUCAUAUCCUACCUGCGGGAUUUCGUACUUCUAGGCGUGAGGUUUACACAAUACCACAUCUGCCUGUUUACUCAAAUUACUUCCUUUACUUACGGUUUUCUGCAUUACCCAGUUUUCCUGGUAGCAUGUAUAGAUUACUGCCUGAAUUUUUCUACAAUCACCAAGCUUUCAUUUAAGGGUCGAAAGUUAUUUUAUUUCUUCGUAGUCCUCUUCCUGUGGGUUUCCGUUCUUGCUUAUACUUUGGGAGACCCAAGUACCUUCCAAAGCCUGACGGCGCAGAGCCCUGGCUCUCAUCAGUGCACGCUCCACGCCAGCACGCAGAGUUACUGGCUGUCGCUCUCCAUGGUGGCCAUUCUGGUGGUGGCUUUUGUAACCUGCUGGUCCGAAGUCGUCACCUUGGUACAGGCUAUGAGGAUAACUUCCUAUAUGAACGAGACUAUCCUGUAUUUCCCUUUCUCAUCCCACUCCAGUUACACCGUAAGUUCUAGAAGAAUACUCUUGUCCAAGCUCCUGGUCUGUUUCCUUGGCACCUGGCUGCCAUUCGUACCGCUUCAAGUCGUGAUUCUUUUACUUCAGGUACAGAUUCCAGCAUAUAUUGAGAUGAACGUUCCCUGGCUGUAUUUUGUCAACAGUUUUCUCCUUGCUACAGGUUACUGGUUUAACUGCCACAAGCUUCAUUUAAGAGAAAUGGCAUUCCCUGUGGAUCCGUUCGUCAACUGGAAAUGCUGCUUUGUCCCACUUACACUCCAUCACCUUGAGCAAACUGAAAAGCCUAUAUCGAUAAUAAUUUGUUAAUAUGUUGCCAUGUUAAAACUAAUGAAAACUUACAACCAUAAUAGGAAUAAAUUUUAUGACUGGGAAAGAAUGGUGACUCAGGACCUAUUCUAAACAGUGAACUGGGUUGGUCCUAUGGCUCAAAGGUUAAGGGAGACAGAUCCCGCCUGGCUAACGAUGGUUCAAAUCCUGGCUCUGGCCACUUGAAGAGCA